AUGGGUCUCUUCAAUCGCAAGCCACGCCGAGAAGACUCUGGUGACGAUGGCAGCAACUCUGAGAAUAAGAAGGAGAAGGGAGGCUGGAGGAGACCAGCCAAUACUGCAUUCAAGCAGCAGCGGCUCAAGGCAUGGCAGCCCAUUUUGACGCCCAAGACUGUUCUGCCUACAUUCUUCAUCAUUGGCUUGCUUUUCGGACCCAUCGGUGGUCUCCUGAUCUGGGGGUCGUCGCUCGUCUCUGAGAUAACGUUCGACUAUUCACAAUGUGAGAAUCUCGAGGCAUCCACGCAGAAUGGGUCAUACACUUUUUCCGAUGUCCCCAACUAUUCCUAUCGACUCCGCUCGUCUGACAGUGGGGUAUCAGUAUCCAAACCUCAGAUGGCAUUGCUUAACAAUACCGGAAAUUCGAGCGUGACGGACGUCUCUCAGGAGCUCCAGUGUGUUCUCCGGUUUUCGGUUCCCAGAAACUUGGAACCGUCUGUAUUCAUGUACUACAAGCUCACAAAUUUCUAUCAAAAUCAUCGGCGCUAUGUCAAGAGUCUGAACUCUGACCAGCUGAAGGGUACUUAUGUGUCGCCGAGUAGUCUGGAUAGUAGUGACUGCAAGCCACUGGGAACGCGGGAUGGGAAAGCUAUCUACCCGUGUGGAUUGAUUGCAAAUUCUAUCUUCAACGAUACAUUUUCUUCCCCCGUACUACUCAACUCCCCAAAUGAUACCGAGGCAACAGUCUACGAAUUCUCCUCCAAUGAUAUUGCUUGGUCAGGAGAAGCCAAGAAAUACGUUACGAGUCCCAUCAGCUCUAGUGGCUACUCCUCUGUAGAUGAGAUCGUCCCGCCACCCAACUGGAUGAAACGCUAUCCAAACGGCUACAACGACACGAACCUACCAAAUCUCAAAGAGGAUUUGCACUUCCAAAACUGGAUGCGAACAGCAGGUCUUCCUACAUUCACGAAGCUCUACGGGCGGAACGAUGCUGAUACGAUGUUUGCUGGAACUUACCAGAUGGUUAUCGGAUUAAACUUCCCGGUUUUGCCGUACAAGGGCACGAAAUCUGUUGUUAUCACUACGGUCUCGUGGAUAGGUGGGAAGAAUCCCUUUUUGGGCUGGGCAUACGUUGCAGCAGCAACACUAUUCGUUUCGUUGGCAGUUGUAGGAACUGCACGACACCUUAUUAAACCUAGACGGCUUGGUGACAUGACACUGCUUUCAUGGAAUCGCACAUAGACUGCGACAGACAUCAGCUUAUCUCCGUAAAUUCUGUCACAUGUACCGUAUACAAUGUUGGAUCUAUCCCUAGUUUCUGCGAGGAAGUCACUACACAGAACUUAAUUCAUCUAUUUAUUUCCUUGCAAGGAGAAGCCAAUGCCUUGGCACCGAAUUACUGUACAUCCUGACAAGUCUAUUUCUACUUCGAACUUGGCAUCUGUUAAUUGUUGAGCGACCCAUAUUGC